UCAGCUUUUCCUUCCAGUAGGCUAAUGCUAUCAGCUCAUUCUCAACAAGGAGAAUGAAGCUGGAGGAAAGUAAAAACAGGCUGAGCUUGUAUGUAAAGUUAAUAUGGACGGCAGAAGGAGACUAUUUAGCUCCAAUGACAGCGCUUUACAAAACCCCCCCUGCUCCCAUGGCUCACAUGAUGGCUCAGCUAAACUGUGGCACAGCACUCCGGUUAAAAAGGCAGAUGGUGGUUUUCCCCUUGAUGCUAAGCAACCAUCUGGUCUAACCAGAGGGAAGUUGGGCGGUUUCUCCUCCCAGUGGGUCCAAAGUGAUGCUGCAGAUCCCUGCUCUGCUCAUCAUGUACAGGAUGCUGAGCUUCCUGUAAAAGACCUCAGCGUCUCCACCCUCCAGAGGCAGAGAAAGGAGCUUCAGCUCCUAAUGGCUGAGCUAAAGGACAGGGAGCGGGAGCUGAACGCCAUGUCUGCUUCCCAUCAUAAGCAGCACCAGGCCUGGGAACAAGACCGUCACACCAUGGUGAUGUUGGAGCGCAGAUGUGCUGGUUUGGAGGAAGAGUUGCAGAGCCGCAAUGAGGUGAUUCGAGUCCUGACUAAACAUGUGGGCGUUGUGGAAAGCAGAGAGAAAGUGAUGGAGAAGGAGCUGGGUGAAGCGAAGCAGCUGAUCUGUGAACUGGAAAAGAAACAGCAGCACAUCAAUGAAAAGUGUCAGGACUAUGAGGCAAAGAACCAGAGCCUCACCUCCACGGUCAUGGCUCUUUCCACGCAAGUCGGCUCUCUGCAGGUCAGAGAGGAAGAACUGAGCUCAAUGCUUAAGCUAAAAGACAAAGAUGUGAGCGAAGCCUCUGGUCAUAUUCUGGAGUUGUCGGGGAAGCUGCAGGUCAUGGAGACGUCUCUGGCAGAGAGUCGCUCACGGGAGCUCCAGCUCCUGAGAGAUGUGGAGGAGGGGAAGCGUUGUUACAGAGAAUCCGAACGGGACAUCUCUCUUCUCAGAGAGGAGCUGCAGCAGCAGGUGGCUCAAAGCAGCACCCAGAGAGAGGAGAUCAUCCGUCUGAAACAGGAGCUAAAGCUGCUUCACGCAGACCUGGCCCUGACGGGGGAGGGCGAGAGCUGGAAGGAUGAGCUGCUGGAGCUGUCUCGCUCCAAACAGGAACGCAUCAUGUCUGAGCUGCUCUGCCUGCAGCAGGUGUGUGAGAACCAGAGGAAAGACCUGCAGCUGCUGCGGCUGAACCAAGGGAGCACGCAGAGAGCACUGAGGGAGAAACUCAACAGCCAGGAGGAAUGGGACGUCCAAGGUGAAGUCCAGGGCUCCAUGGCAACCAAUAGCAAACCUGGAGGCUUGUCAUCACAUGUAACGGAUGUAAGAUAUUUUCUAAAAAGGCGAUUUUACCAAAAAACAACAAACCUCUGCAAAAGAUUACUUCAGGUUGAUGGAAGAAACAUUAAAAAAUCUGCUUUAGGGUUUGAUAACUUAUUUAAUAUCUGUACAAAUCAAUAAACUAAUGUUUAGUAU